UCACCGGCUGUCGUGAAAGGGUGAAUGGAGAGCGAGUUGCUGGGGGCAGGAAGGGAGGCCGGGGGGCGCGGAGUCAGGGUGGCGCAGCAAGCGGCUGCAGGUGGCGGCGGCGGCGGCGGGGGCCGCGGAGUGAGGUAGUGCGGACGCGGCGGGCGGGGCGCGGAGGCUCGCGGGACGGACUCACGCUGCAGCCUGGCCUACCGGCCCGGGGGCCGCGGAGCCCCCGCCGGGGAGAUGGACCUCAACCGGAUCAUCCAGGCGCUGAAGGGCACCAUCGACCCGAAGCUGCGGCUCGCGGCCGAGAGCGAGCUCAACCAGUCCUACAAGAUUAUCAAUUUUGCCCCCAGUUUACUUCGGAUUAUAGUCUCUGACCAUGUGGAAUUUCCAGUACGGCAGGCAGCUGCCAUUUACUUGAAGAACAUGGUGACACAGUACUGGCCAGACCGAGAACCUCCCCCUGGAGAAGUAGUAUUUCCAUUCAACAUUCACGAAAACGAUCGCCAGCAAAUACGCGAUAACAUUGUGGAAGGAAUAAUCCGGUCCCCGGAUUUAGUCAGAGUCCAGUUAACCAUGUGUCUCCGUGCCAUCAUUAAAUACGACUUCCCUGGUCACUGGCCUGUGGUAGUUGACAAGAUAGACUACUACUUGCGGUCCCAGAGCAGUGGGAGCUGGCUUGGCAGUUUACUGUGUUUGUAUCAACUGGUGAAGACCUACGAAUAUAAGAAAGCAGAGGAAAGAGAGCCCCUUAUAGGAGCCAUGCAAGUAUUUCUGCCUCGAAUUCAGCAACAAAUCAUGCAGCUCCUUCCUGAUUCCUCACAUUAUUCUGUUUUACUGCAGAAACAGAUCCUGAAAAUCUUUUAUGCUCUUGUCCAGUACGCUUUGCCUCUUCAGCUGGUGAAUGGCCAGACCAUGACGGUGUGGAUGGAGGUCUUCCGAACUAUUAUUGACAGGACUGUUCCUCCUGAGACUCUGCAAAUCGAUGAGGACGAUAGGCCAGAACUAGUCUGGUGGAAGUGUAAGAAGUGGGCGCUGCACAUCGUGACGCGUCUCUUUGAACGAUAUGGAAGCCCAGGAAAUGUCACGAAAGAAUACUUUGAAUUUUCUGAAUUUUUUUUGAAAACCUAUGCAGUGGGAAUUCAGCAGGUACUGCUAAAAAUUUUAGAUCAGUAUAGACAGAAAGAGUACGUAGCCCCCCGUAUUCUUCAGCAAGCAUUCAACUAUCUCAGCCAAGGAGUCGUUCAUUCUGUGACAUGGAAGCACAUGAAGCCGCACAUACAGAAUAUCUCUGAAGAUGUGAUUUUUUCUGUGAUGUGUUAUAAAGACGAGGAUGAAGAGCUGUGGCAAGAAGAUCCAUACGAGUAUAUAAGGAUGAAAUUUGAUAUUUUUGAAGAUUAUGCUUCUCCCACCACUGCAGCCCAGGCUCUUUUAUAUAUUGCUGCAAAGAAAAGAAAAGAGGUGUUACCAAAAAUGAUGUCAUUCUGUUAUCAAAUCCUAACAGACCCGAACUUUGACCCUAGGAAGAAAGAUGGAGCCCUGCAUGUGAUUGGUUCCCUGGCUGAUAUUUUAUUGAAGAAGAGUUUGUUCAAGGACCAAAUGGAGUUGCUGCUGCAGAAUCAUGUAUUUCCAUUGUUAUUGUCUAACCUGGGAUAUCUUCGAGCUAGAUCCUGUUGGGUGCUUCAUGCGUUCAGUUCUUUGAAAUUCCAUAAUGAGCUGAACCUCAGGAACGCCCUUGAACUAGCCAAGAAGAGCCUGAUUGAAGAUAAGGAGAUGCCUGUCAAGGUCGAAGCUGCGCUUGCUCUUCAGUCCUUAAUUUCUAACCAGACACAAGCUAAGGAAUAUAUGAAGCCGCACGUGAGGCCUAUUAUGCAGGAGCUCUUGCACAUUGUUAGAGAGACAGAAAAUGAUGAUGUUACUAAUGUUAUCCAGAAGAUGAUAUGUGAAUACAGUCAAGAAGUAGCCUCAAUUGCUGUUGAUAUGACCCAGCAUUUGGCUGAGAUAUUUGGCAAAGUUCUGCAAAGCGAUGAAUAUGAGGAGAUUGAAGACAAAACUGUAAUGGCCAUGGGAAUUUUACAUACCAUUGAUACUGUCUUGACAGUUGUAGAAGAUCAUAAAGAGGUUAUGCAGCAGUUAGAGUCUAUCUGUCUACAAAUCAUUGAUCUUGUUUUGCAGAAACAUGUAAUUGGUGAGUACAAAGGCAGAGGCAAAGAAUUCUAUGAAGAAAUUCUUUCACUGGCAUAUAGUUUAACCUGCCAUGGCAUUUCUCCUCAGAUGUGGCAGCUUCUAGGUAUAUUAUAUGAGGUUUUUCAGCAGGAUUCUUUCGAAUACUUUACAGACAUGAUGCCUCUCCUGCAUAAUUAUGUGACAAUAGACACAAAUACUUUACUUUCAAAUCCAAAGCAUUUAGAAAUACUUUUUACAAUGUGUAGAAAGGUACUGUGUGGAGAUGCGGGAGAAGAUGCAGAAUGUCAUGCAGCCAAACUUCUUGAGGUCAUCAUUCUUCAGUGCAAAGGAAAAGGAAUUGAUCAGUGCAUUCCACUCUUUGUUGAACUUGUUUUGGAGAGACUAACUCGAGGGGUGAAAACGAGUGAGCUCCGCACCAUGUGUCUCCAGGUCGCAAUCGCCGCCUUAUACUACAGCCCUGAGUUGCUCCUGCAUACUUUAGAGCAAAUUAGGUUGCCUCACAAUCCUGGACCCGUAACUGUUCAGUUUAUAAAUCAGUGGAUGAAUGAUACAGACUGUUUUCUUGGGCAUCAUGACCGGAAGAUGUGUAUAAUAGGACUGAGUAUCCUCUUGGAGUUGCAGAAUCGGCCUCCUGCAGUAGACGCCGUGGCCGGGCAGAUUGUGCCCUCCAUUCUUUUCCUCUUCCUUGGCCUGAAGCAGGUCUGUGCUACUAGACAGUUGGUAAACCGGGAAGACCGCUCAAAAGCAGAGAAAGCUGAUACGGAUGAAAACGAGGAGCUCUCAAGUGAUGAAGAGGAGACGAAUGCAACUGCUCAAGCGAUGCAGUCCAGUGGUGGGAGAGACCAAGAUGAGGAGGAAGACGAUGGCGACUGGGAUGAAGAAGUCCUGGAAGAAACGGCCCUUGAGGGAUUUAGUACCCCUCUUGACCUUGACAGCAGUGUGGAUGAAUAUCAGUUUUUUACACAAGCUCUGCUAACCGUGCAGAAUCGUGAUGCUGCCUGGUACCAGCUGUUGGUGGCCCCGCUCAGCGAGGACCAGAGGACGGCGCUGCAGGAGGUGUACACGCUGGCCGAGCACCGGAGGACCGUGGCAGGUCAGCCAGGGGGAUUUCCAGACCGGAAAGCGUGUGUCAGUGCCUCUAGUCAGCCUUGUUUAUUGAGUCUUAUGGCACCUAAAUACUGUUUUUAAAAUUGUUAGAAGCCA